UUGUGUUGUAAUUAGAGAAUUUAAAUAUUUUUUUUUUCUAACAGUUAGUUAACGAUAUUUUAAUUCACUUUCAUGCAGAUAUCGGGCAAGUCGUGAAUGAACAAACAUCAAAGUGAUAGUUUGAGAAUGAUUCUUUCUUUCUAUUCAUCCGCGUCUGCAGAUAUGCACGUGCUCAUAUAUCAGUAAGUUUGUGCGCUAUGAUUAUGUUGGUUUGUGUAAUCCAACGAGUACCGAUUGAACUCGAAAGGUGUUAAUAGAAAGCAAGGCUGAAUGAGAAGUUUAAAAUACGGUGAAAUGAAAUGGAAAGGAGAAAGUCGAAAGUGUGCAUCUUUAUGACAAACAGUUUUACACCACACCUGCUGAAAUUCAAUGAAGUGUUUGUUUUAGAAAAUCAUUGCAUAAUUUAUUUUAAUAUUUCCACUAGAUUUCAUGUAGAUAUGAUUUAAUCUGAUAUGAUAUGUACUACGUGAAACCACUGAAAAUUCACAUGUUAUGAAUCAGAACACGAUCAAGGAUAUGAGUCGAUACACUCAAGUAGAGUUGGGCAUAAUACACCCUCUUAUUCUUAUAACAUUCGUUCCGAUGAUAACUGCCAGUGGAUACGGAUUUGAUUCUGCGUCAUCGUGUGAUCCUAAUGUUUCUCGAAAAAGUCGAUCUGCUCAAUUAAUUCAAACCAUUCCAUGUGAUUUAAGCAUACAGGCAUACUGUAACUUACCAGGAUCUGCCUAUCCUUGGCAUGCAGUGCGUCGAUUUGUUCAUGAAAACCAAGGAUUGAUGCGAAGAAUGUAUGGUGAUGUACGGCAUAUAUCAAUUCUAAAGUCUGAAAUUGAUACUAAUAAAAUAGACAUAGAUGAUAUACAUCAAACUGCAGAAAAGUACUCGCGGAAAGAUGCAAAGAAAAUGAGGCAUGUUCAUUUUACUCAUUACGAACAUGGGCGGGAAAAAUUUAGUGAUGUUAUUACAGAACCGCAUUUCAGACCUUCUCAAAGGGGGAGCACUGUAAAAAUUAAUACGAGUACAGUGUCGACGACAACUGUACCAUACUCUACAACCACAAGUGCCGACAAUACAAUAAACACUAGUGACCGAUCCACACUUUUGAAUAUUACGAUCAACGCUUCCACUAAAUCUUCGCAACAAAACACUAGUAAUAUUUUUGCGCCUAUCAGAGAUAAUGAAAAAAUUGACAUGAAAAAACUUUCUGCUAUUGCUAACUUAGAAACUAGCGAUACAUUACGAGGUAAUGAAUCAAUUAAUUCGGUGGAAAGCAAUGCGCCAGAUACUAAUAAAACUGAUAUUACGACAAAUGCCAUUUUUUCAAGUACAGAAAUGUCACAAAGUUCUACAGCAAACAUUUUCGAAACAAGUCAUACGGAUCGAUCUAAAAUUGACCAAACAACUACAAUACUUGGAAAUAACUCUGACGAGAAAGAUAUACCAGGAAAUUUCACGCCUGUUAAGACGAAUAAAAUAGUAACAAAAAUUGAUACAACAAAUGUCAUAAAAACCACCACAAGGAAACCAGAGGAGCAACUAUAUCAAGAUUCAACACAAAAAGAACCAACUUUACUGAAUAUGAAAGGAAUUAAUGCCUGCCCGGUGAAAGAAGAGGUAGUUGCCCCGUUUUGGGCCAAUAAUACGCGCGGAGAGGUGCUUGCGUUACUAAAUCUCUAUCCUUUCGAGCAGUAUGUACAUUGGGAAAAAUGUGCUUUUGAGUUCAAACAAAUGUAUUGUCGAGAAGGUUGCCGAUGUGAACAGCAGUAUAGAUUACAUCGUUUAUUAGCAUAUGAUCCACAUAAUGAGUGCAGAGGUAUAUUCUCGGACUGGUUUAGAUUUCCGUCCUGCUGUAUAUGUAAGUGCUACGAUCUUCCUUUUGACUAUCGUGUAACAUCUAGAAGUCCGAGAACCGUAAUUGAAGAAUCAUUCCAUUAUGUUGAAGAUGAUUUACAGAACGCAAUAUAUGAACAUGCUACUGAUGAUUGGUAUCGUCCGAAAAAGCCUGAACAUGGUUGAACAUAAUUAAAGAAACUUAUCAUA